AUGGUAUGAAAUCGCCCAGUGUAACUCGGCUGCAUCCUUCAAAAGUGUCUGAUUUCAAGGGAUGAAGCUGAUACAUUAAAUAUAGCUGAAAGCCAGGGAAGGAAAUUGCGGAAUACAGGAGUUUAGAGAUACAUGGUUAAAUGCCAGCUGAAUACUGUACUUCUGUGGUCAUAUUCUACAUGUAUCAACUUGGAGGAUAAUAUUUACUUAUCCUUGUUAGAUUGAGCCAGACUGAUACUUAGUUCUUUCUUCUUGCAAACGAUAAAGUGGAGGUACUUCAAUGAUCUUGAUUUGAUUUUUAUUGUACGAGUAUUUCAUACAUCUUCCAGACUACACCAUCACCACAGCGAUUCAUCAUCUUAAGAAGCUGCACCACCAGACAAUGCAAAGAUGUUUGCCUCAAUGGAUUUCUGGCAAACCUUCCUCUCGCCUAAUUCCCAAAAGAACGGAUCCAAGCAGCAAAAGUCUUCAUCUCCCAGACUGACGAGAAAGAAGAAAAGGAAAGGAGACACCCCUUCCAGAGAAAUGGAACAGGCCAAACAGGGUAAAGGUCAUUCUUGGUUCAACCACAAGAGGUCAAGUUCUUCCCCAUCCUCCAAAUUAAGUGGGACAGGGAGCAGUAGCGGUUGCCAAGGUUACCCAAGAAUUCCAAACAAUGUAGACCGCAAUCUGUGGAAGGUAUUCAAUGAUGAACUUGAUCAAGUAAAAACAUGGCUGAAAGAGGCAGUAGAGUUUACGGAAUGUUGGCAAGCACCAUCCCACGGUAUCCCCAGCAUCAGGGUUCAACUGGAGAGACAUUUGGCAUUUUCCCUUGAGGUACAAACCCACCAGAACCAGACCGAACGAGUGGUGUUACAGGGCCAGGACAUCAUAGAACAGUCUCCGAGCCUAGCAUCUAGUCUUGGUCCAAGACUGGAGGCUAUGCUCAGAGAAUGGAACCUCCUUGAAAGAAGUCUAGACAUCCAGGCCAAACAAAUUAAAGAAGCUCUGGCUGUGGUGGAGGCUAGCAUCAAUACAGGAUUCAAAGGGAGUUGUGAUGAUCUUCUUGUGGAGGAAACCAGGGAUGCUAUUGAUUUUAUGAGGAUUAAACUCAGACGCAAUCAAGGAAGAAGUUCACCUGUCAAUGUCUCCUUCUCACAAACAAAAACAAACCCCACAGAUACAACCAAGCAGUCACCAACACAGAGCAGCAGGUUCUCACCAUCAUGUACCAGCAACAGCUCGUCGCUGAGCUCAAGCCCCGAGUUUGAAGUACUCUAUAACGAGCUCUCUGAUUGGUUGAAUGACAUGCACCUGGCCGUGUCAGACAGCGCUGAUAUGCGAGUCUCCGAACAUCAUAAGCAGCACAUGUGCAAGGGCUAUGAGCAGGAGCUGCAGCUGAGGGAGGUGAGCAGGAGCAAGCUACAGAGGAAAGGGAUCCAGCUCAUGGCCUCCAAACCCAGGAUUGCCGAUGAUAUCAGCACCAAGCUAGAGUCUCUCAACCAGCAGUGGCUCGCACUGCAACAGCACAUCGCACCGAGCCCACUCCUGGCACGCAAGGCUAACACUUCAAGGAGUCCAGCUGCAUGUGUAUUUGGCAGCGCGGAGCAGGCCAUGAGCAUGGCGUUGGAGGUCGAGGAUGUGAUCGGUCAGCUGAGGACAUGGUUGACGCAGAUCGAAGGGAGAUUGUUUGAGACGGACGGUGAUAUGUCGGACGUCAGCCAGCUGGAAACAAGACUAAGAUCUCUUCAGGUUAGUGGUCUUAUAUGAUAAUAAUUUUUUAUCUUAUUUCAUUUAUUUGUUUUGUUUUUUCUAAUCAGGGUAGCUUUUUCAACAAUAUUCUUGUUUCCCAAACAGCCCUAAGACAUAACAAAACAAAACAUGAAAACAUAACAUAACAGAUCCAUAUUAACAUUUCAAUACAAACUAUUCACUUAUGAAAUAAAUUGUGAUAUGAAUGUAGAUGAAUGAAUAUAAGGCCAGUAAAGGAAUAUGUUGAAAGUAUGAUUGUAUUUUUUUUUUUUCUCAUUAUUAAGUGAGCUGUGAUAUAGUGAAGAAAUAUAUUCAUACUGUCAACAAAAUAUUUUGAAGGUUUAUUUUUUUAUUCUCAUCACAAUCUCCUGAACUGAUUUCCAAAACCAAUUCACGUCCUGCAAUCUUGUUGCUAUGGGAAUGCUCUCAUGGGGGGUCAAAUGUUUCACAUGAAAUUUGAAACUGCAAUGUAGGCUAAUGUACUUAACUUCUGAGUAGCAUUCCUAAUGUGCACAAACUAUUGUACUUCUGGGUAAAGAUCACUUCUCAAAGGCUGGUCAUAUCCUCACCUACGCUUAAACCAGUUUAACGAGGCAAAGCGGUCUUGAAAACCACGUCACAAGGUUUGCAAGACCACGUAAGAUCACUUCCAAGGCUGCUUCAAGCGUUCCUAUACACAUUAAACUGGUUUCCACUAAACUGGUUUUUUUUUUACUGAACUGGUUUAAGAAAGAAGAUGAGAACAAGGUCCUAAUGUACGUGUAAUGGGUUAGUAUCAUUGACCUUGAAAGUGACAUCAUUUAAACAUAUACUGUUGAUAAGAGGGUAAAAUAAUCUACUGGUCCUUGAAAACUUUAGUACAGGAACAGAGGGAUUGUUCCCAUUGGCCCGAAUUCACAAAGGUGGUUUUUAAAACCAUCGGUUAAACCCAUGGUAUAUGCAGAUUUCCUGUAUAAAUUACGCUUAUUUACCGCGUAUAUUAAAAAAUGUCCACUGUUUUAACAGUAAGCUCAUUAAUUCAAAACAGUGGACUCAUAAAUAAAAUAGCAUACUUAACCAUGGCAACAGGCAUCAAUUUUGCGCACUGUGACCAAAGCACGCAUCAGCAUUGGACACUUUUCAGUAUACGCGGCAAAUUAAGCGUAAUUGAUACAGAAAAUCUGCAUUAACCAUGGGUUCAACCGGUGGUUUUCAACACCACCUUUGUGAAUUCGGGCCAUUAUGUUUGGAGGCUUGGUCAGAAUACACAACCUUAAGACUAUAUCAUUGCAGUUAUCAAUCCAACCUACAAAUUUGUCUGAUGAAAUUAGAAUAUGUUUUUCAGUUUAUUUUCAAAACAUCAGGAAACGAUACUUAGUUUAUAACAAAAACAUGUUGUGGAGGAAAUGUGUAGUAUUGAAGAUGCAUAUCUUUGGAUGUGUAUAAAUUUCCCAGUGUAACUGAAAUUGAAAUUAAGAUGCUGUCAAACAAUUUGUUAUUACACUUAUAUGCUUGAACUUCCUUUUUUUUAAUUUCAUCGAAUCAAAUUUUUGUUCUCUAUCUGUGAAUGCAGCAGUUAUUGUGCUUGAUUUUAGUUACUAGUCAUUCCUCAGUUCAUGAUGAAUGAUGCAUUUAAUUUCUAUGAAUGGAUAUAAUGUUUUCAUGUUGACGAUUUCUAUAAUUAUCAUGAAAAUGGCUAUUUAUUCUCUGGUAGGAUUGGGGUAAUGUAGAACUUUUAUAUUGAUAAAAAUGGUUAUUAACUCUUACCCGUUCAGCGUGUCCAAAAUCGUUCAUAUAUGAACGAUCCAAAUGUAACACGAAACUAAAUCUUGAGU